GGUUUGGAGAGAGCUGAUUGGAGGAGCCAGAAACCGGAAAACGAAGCUGGACGUCACAUUGUGUCUUCCGGAAUUGUUCCUGUUUUGAUUACAGCAACGUUGAAAGGUUGAAAAUGGGUAGCUAGCAGCGAAAUUAUUGUUAAUAGAGUCCGUUUUCUUACCAGCUAGCGCAAUAUCAACCAACUUUAAAUUGCCUGGCUCACGUGUCGACAUGGACAACCGUUGUUAUUGUUGUGCAUCAAAGUUCAGUCUGUUCAAGAAGGAGCUGGGCUGUAAGAGCUGCGGCCGCUCCUUCUGCUCCAGCUGUUUGACUUUCAGUGCUGUGGUGCCUCGCAGUGGCAACACACAGCAGAAGGUCUGUAAGCAGUGUCAUGGGAAUCUGACAAGUGGAGAAUCUCCAAACACUGCUGGAAAAUGGUCUCCUCCUGAAAAUUAUAAAAAACGGGUUGCUGCAUAUGAGGCCAAACAGCAGGGACAGUCGACACAGCCUCCAGCACAAGGAGGCAGUAGAAACAGUAAAGCAGGGCAUAUACCAACCAAAGGCCUGAGUAAAGAAGACCAGGUUAUUGCUGAAAGACUUCAGAAACUGAAGGAGGAUACUGUACCAAAGUCCAUCCCCUCUGAGAAAGAGCUAGAGUCUCGCCUUGCUGCUCUGAAAACUCCCAGCCGGACAGUGCCUUCUGUAGGAGAGAUGGAGGACCGCCUGGCAGUUCUACGGGGUCAGACGCCAUCAUCUCAAGCUCCUCCACCUGUGCACCAGCCCCCAGAUAACAGGACUCAAACUGAACAAGCCAAUGAUCUGAUUACUCAGAUGUCAGAAGAAGUUGCCAUAGACGACCAGCAAUCAAAUCCUGAAUGCAGUGUAGAUAGCCAUAUGAAUGAUCUAAACAAGGGGGAGGGGGGAACAUUGGAUGAGAAUUUGGAGGAGAACCAGGAAGGAGACAAGCAGCUGGAGUCCGAGAAGGCUCGAGUCAUGGAGGAAGCCUUGGAGGAGCUGAGGAAAGAGCGCCAUUCCCAGGAUCAGAUCCUGCACAUGGCCAAGAGGAUGGCGCAGCUGAAGGGGCAGGACCCAGACAAAGUUACUAUGGAGGACUUUCAGCAUCCUGACAGUGAGGAGGAGACUGAGGAAGAAGCUGUGACGAGAGUGUUAAAACAGCUCUCUGAAGAGGCUGCAUUGGAUGAGGCAAGUGGCUACAACAUACCUUUAGAACACAGUGGACCAAAGAACACAGAAAUGAAAAAACAGUCAAAGAAACCGACCCAGGCUCCAGGACCCAAGAGUAGGAUUUCCACAGCUGCCGUUGCACAUCAGCCAUCAGACAGUGAUGAGGAGGAGCUUCCAUGGUGCUGCAUCUGUGACCAUGAUGCCACUAUUCGCUGUCACAACUGUGAUGGAGACCUAUACUGCAACCGCUGCUUCAGGGAAGGCCAUGAUAAAUAUGACAGGAAGGAGCAUCGCACCACCAACUACACUGCGCCAAAAAAGAAGAGGAAGACUUGAUAGUGAGAUGUGCUAUAGGUGUUUGCCUUAUCAGGCUCUGGUCAGUCAUCACUGUUAGACUUGUGCUUUAGACUUAAGUGACCUAUUAUUGUUAAUAAAACUGUAUCUUAGAAGAUUUAAACACUACCUAUUAUUUAAACAAUCUGGUACCCCUCAUUUUAACCUCAACUUAUCUUAUCCAAUCUGCUCAAAGUGGCUAUAAACAUGUGUCUGCGUAGACUCCAGAAAAAAGCAGCAUCUUCUUUCUGUAAUUGCUAAAAGGGAUCUAAAUGAACUGAACCAAUAAAAACAAUGGGUAACAUUUAUGGUUAAGCAAAGCCUACUAAUAGAUGUACACUGUAAUGUAAUGCAAUAUGUAUAAUAUGAAAAAAAACAAAGCUCCUAUUUCAUUCUGUUAAGGUAUUUUAGCAAAACUGCACAGCUUCUGCAUACAAAAUGUUUUAAACUGUCUAAACAAAUAAGAA